AGGUACGGUCCAUAUUUACUCAUAACCCUCGCCUGCAGGUGCGCCUUGGGAGCCGUACCUUAGCACCGCUUCGAGGGUGAAACAUGGAGGCUUAUAAGUAGUGCCUACUGUCUCUCUUCGCCGCCCCGCGCAAAAUCACGUACCAGGAUUUUGAACCUCACCACCAGACAUCACGUCUGAUCUCAAUAAUGGUCCAUCAGCGGCAAGGCUGGUACCCUCCUGCCCUACGUUGGUGGAAUCUCAUCCUUGCUAUUCUGUUCUGCUGGACCUCCAUCGCCGUCCUUCAAUUCUAUCUCCACAAGAGUCAAACUGAGGGCGGGUUAAUCUUCGCAGCAAAGAUCAACGACAUUCCGCUACGCCGCUCGUUCUGGUAUCUCUACUUGCCAACAAUUGUCGCCGUGAUCUUCAGCAUCUUCGUUGUUUGGAUAGACCACGAUGCUAAGCGCUACGAACCAUAUCGUCAAAUGUCACAAUCAGAAGGAGCGCUCGCGAAAGACUCCAUUCUAUUGCACUAUCCGUUCGAUUUCGUCCCUUUCGUACCUUUUGUUGCCGCUAAGAGAAAGCACUGGUUGGUCUUCUGGGCGUCGCUCACAGCUGUUCUGACUACAUUCGGCAUUGUACCUCUUCAAGCUAGUAUACUCUCGGUCAAACAAACAACACGGACAUACCCCGAGACUUUUGCGGUCUCGAGCAACUUCAUACCUUCUUCGAUGCAAGAGUCUGGGCUUGGUCUGCGUUACGCGCAGUCAGCAUACGGUAUACUGGAAUUGAACGAGACGCUCCCAUCAUUCAUGUCACGAAAUUACACACUAGCGCCAUUCAAAGCAAAGACAUCUCACGCUCCAUCUGGAAACCUCGACACCUGGACAACAAACACUACUGUGUACAGCAUGGACAUGCAAUGUCAAAUUGUAGACACAUUCGUCCAGGUAGGGUGUGAUAAGGGGUGUCGAGAGUUCCCCACCACCUACUUCAACACCUCCGCCGGAUGCACUGUUGGACUCCCCGACUUUGUGAACAAUACGAUCGGUACCCCGCUCCGAAUUCGUGCAGGCAUCAGCGAUGGCAAGGCACGUUACAAGACCUUUUCCACCGUCUACGCUGGAUACUACAAGGAUCGCUCUUUUCCGAACAACGUCAAUACCACACUUCAGAAUUCACCGUGCAAAGGGACUGUGGUUGCGGCGUUCAUCAGAAAUAAGAGCAAAGACACCGACCCUCCCAACAACAUUACAGCAAUAGCAUGCAGGCCGAGUUACUAUGAACAGAAUGUCGAGGCGACCAUCAACGUUGUUACGAAAAAACCUUUGGAGCUCAAUUUUCAUGGGCCAAAACGACCGUUGUCCGAGGUUUUGUUCAACAGCAGUUUGUUUGAGGGCACAGUAGCUUCCGCCAUUUCCAGAUCCAACGACAUCGACAGAAGCGACAAUCUACCGGGCACUGUUCUACCAAACUAUCGCGAGGGCAACAACGAUCUAGACCUGUCCCCAUAUGGACCGGGUUCCGGUUUGCAACUUCCUCACAUGGCCGCAAUGGCUAUUGCAAUAUCUGAACAUCGCAUCGCCGACUUUCUCGAUCCAAUAGUACUGCAAGAGGCUUAUGAAUCUGCAUACAGGCUGCUUUUUGUACGUUCAAUGGUGGACGUGCUGGCCACAAACUUCUCCGAUCAUACCGUUGAGACUGAUGGUCAACGGGUUGUUCGGACGGAGACAUUGUUGUUCGAGCCGACCUUCACGUAUCUUGUUGAGUGUCUCCUUGGACUGGUUUCUCUCUCAGCAAUUGCGUUGCUCUGUAUUUCAAUCCAUGAAUCGGGAUACAAGAAACUCAUUGAUGAACCAGGUUCCAUCGCUGCGACGAUGGCGAUGGUCGCAGAUGAUCCCCGGUUAAUCUCUACUUUCGAGGACUUGGAUUGCUGUUCCACUCCUUACAUGAAACGGAAGCUACUAAGGCGAGCAUAUAUCCUCGAUAAUCACAACUCCCAACCUCAUAUCUACGAAGCACCACCGCCUGCUGAAGCGCAGCAAUCGUUGUUGCAUGAUCCAGGCGAGGGUGUAAUGGAUGAACCGCAAGUCAUCAAGGCCAUCAAGCCUGCAGAGUUUCGUUCAUAUGUUGCGGUCCCUUUCACCAGUCUAUUCGUCGCACUCUUGAUCAUUCUCGCCAUAACUUUCGCCAAGAGUCAGCCACAAGGUCUGCCCCUGCCCUCCCGUAACCCUAUCACGUACAACAUCGUCGUCAAGUAUUUGCCAACGGCAGCUGCAACCCUCAUCGAGCCUAUGUGGAUCUUGAUCAAUCGCUUGCUUUGCGUGUUGCAACCACUCGAGAGGCUACGCCGCUCCCAGGCACCAGCAUCAGUUUCAAUUUCAUUGAACUACACUUCGCUUCCACCGCAACUCAUGAUCACCAAAGCCCUCCGUGCAGGCCACUUGACGAUAGCCGCCGUCUGCGCAAUGGCACUUUUAGCAAAUCUGCUUGCAACAAGUUUCGCAGGGCUGUUUUACCAACAAGAAGUUGAAAUCGCCCGACCCAGUCUGUUCACACCCCCAUUUGAGGCUCGGUUCGCGAACAUCAGCCGUUCCACCAAUCACGGCGUGUCGGACUCAGACCCUGUUGCCUGGAGGCUUGGGGAAGCAAACGAUACAAGUCAGAUUGUGGAAGCCCCUUUUCUUGCAUCCGAAACGAACUACACCCGGAACACUACCAUGCCAGCCUGGGUUGAUGAUGCCGCUAUGUAUGUUCCCUUCUUGAUCUCCAACUCUACUGCGCAAGUGCCAGGUGGGGGGUAUAAAGCGCGGACAAGGUACUUUGCCGCAAAUCCAAAUUGUAAGCCUUUAGUGUUUGAUCAGGACUAUCGGCUGCGCUUGGCAAUGAAUUGGACUCCGACGCAAGGUAGUAAUUCGAGCUGGACUUUUGCCAUAAAAGUCCCAAGCAGGAAUGCUACAGACGUCUGGUGCUAUGCGGGCCGGGAAGCUGAGGCUGUCGCACUUGGACCCUACUUCAGAGACCAAAGCGAAGAUACCUCACCUCCGCGUGGUAAAACAGCCGUGGAAUUGCUAAGGGAUAUUAACUCCCGAUAUGCAAGCCGAUAUGAAGCGGAUACCUGCCAGUCCUCUGCGAUAGUGGGUUGGAUGCGUACAAUCGACUUCGGAGAGGCCAAGAGCAACAAUACAUUCCUGAUGGCUUGUCAACCAAAGCUAUUGGUGGGAGAAGCCGAUGUUCAUGUCGACAGCAACGGCGUGUUGCAGUCGCCAGCCACAAAUCGAUCGUUGGACGCCGACCAGAGUGCGCAAGCGCUCAGCAGAUACACUACUAACGGUACGGACAACUUAAUCGCCCAGUCCAACCGCAUCUUGUUCCGUUCAGGAUUCUCGGGCUACCACAAUGAUUCUUUCACAGGCGAAAAGUUCCAUUACUUUAUCAAUCGCGCAGCAGGCGACUUGCGUUUCACAGACCCCAACGCGCCCUUGCCGACGUACGAAGACGUCAUUGAGCCGCUUACCAAAGCGUACCAAAGGCUCUUCGCCAUCUGGCUCAGCGUCAACAAGGAUAUCCUCUUCGUCCCGGCAUCGAGCACCACCGCGCAGAUCCCAGGAUUCGUAGUCGCGCCAGAACAGCGGCUCUUCUUGGUCACCCCGCUCUUCAUCAUCUCCGAAGUCAUCCUUGGUAUCUACAUCAUCGUAUCCAUCGUCGUGUACCUGCGCCGCCCUGGCGCCUAUCUGCCCCGCAUGCCCACCUCCAUCGCCGCCAUUAUUGCGCUCUUCGCGUCCAGCGCCGCUGUCAGAGAUCUGCAGGGCACGAGUCACAUGACGAACAAAGAGAGAAACAAGUAUUUGAAAGAGCUUGAUUGCCGGUAUGGAUACGGAAGCUAUGUGGGUGGCGAUGGCAGUGUGCAUGUGGGUAUCGAGAAGGCACCGUUCGUGCGGCACAGGAAGAACACUACGUUCGAAGGGAGCCGGGUGGAGAAAGAAAUGAGUAAACGGAAAGAGGGUGAAGGUGCAGCAACGAUCACGACAGUCACGGAGUACCGCGAUGUCCCGCUUGUAGAUAUGGACAAUGGGCGGAGAUAGAGAUGGCGUGCUCCGAGCCGAGAAUACGAUGCUCUUGAAUUUGACUUGAUCGCAACGCGUCUAUGCGUGGGCUUGGACCUUCCCAACCAGCCAUGAAGUCAUCUUCGGCUAGUGGUCAAAUGUGUGGGCUAAGUUGAGCGGGGUUUAUGGUUUGCCUAGUAUAGGUAAGUAUGUGUCACAGUUCAGGGUGCUCCUGCCUGUCGAACCUCACCUGCCAUGGGAGUGACUGCCACGUCACACUAGCGUUGUUUACAGCUACUCACCUAUACGUACUGUCCGUAG